UGGGUCUCUCUCCUGCUCUGUGUGGCUACUCUCUGAUCCUGAAUGUUUGAGCAACCCGCAAGAGGGUAGGUGGAGUCUCACUGUUUUUGAGCUGUGGACUAGGACAGACUACAGUUGUAGAAGAGCCCUUCUGCUUUUGUCUCUGCUGCUGCGCUGCAAGGCUCAUGUUCCAGGAUUGUACCCCUUGAGAUAUGAGCAAGACAUCCUUGGAGAUACAGCCCUCCUUACCCUACAAGCAUUUAAACUAAAACCAACACCAUCUGCAACAUUUUCCACAGAAAGGAGUUUUCAACAGUACGAUAAUGGAUCAGCACGAAUUUCAGACUGUAGCAGACAAGCUGCAGGUGACAGGAGCUGGGGAGGAUGAGGCAGGUGCCCCGAUCAGCGCCUUGACUAUCCUGGCUCUGCUGGAGCGGGUGGCUGGGAUCAUCGACAAUGUGCAGGCGUGUCAGCAGCGUAUGGAGGAGCGGCAGCUGGAUCUGGAGAACUCCAUGAAGACCAUUCAGAUCGACAUACUCAAGCUGGCAAAGGAUCACUCCACCACCGGAACCACAGUGGAUAAACUGCUGGAGAAGACCCGCAAGGUGAGCUCUAACGUUAAGGAUGUUCGGCAGCGUGUGGAGAAGCAGAAUGCCCGCGUCAAGAAGGUGGAAGCCACGCAGGAGGAGCUACUGACAAGGAACAAGUUUCGGGUAGUCAUCUACCAAGGGGAGACAGAGAUACCUUCUGUUGCUAUUACGAAAACUCCUAAGGGAGGCUCAGUGAGGAAUGCUAUUGAGCCUGAAACCAAUGAUCCUCCUUCAGAUCUGUCUUCCGAUGAGGAAUACAUGGUGGUUGAGGAGGCAGACUCAUCUACUGGAGCUCGGCUUAAGAAAUUGGGCAUGAGGCGCAUUGACAGUAUCAAGAAGGCCUUCUCGAAAGAGAACAUGGUGAAGACCAAGCAAAACCUGGGCACCAAAAUGAACCGCAUCAGCACCCAGAUAGUGACGCCAGAGCGCAGAGAGAAGAUCCAGCAGUCCAAGGAGAGGAUAAAGCAGUCAGGAGAAAGGAUGAAGCAAUCUGGGGAGAGGCUCAAGGAAUCCAUCACCAAAGCAGCCCCCACCAAGGAGUCUUUUAAGUUCACUGUCAAGAAAGAUAAAGAGAGGACUGUAGCAGAAGGGCAGGAGGGAGCCCAGGGGGCGCUGGCAGAACAAGCUGCCGCUGAGGCAGGGGCAUCCGCACAGCCCCCUAAAGCAAGCAGGAAGACAAGCCCAGAUGUCACCUACACUGAGGUGAUCACAGAGGUGAAGCAAGAAAGCAGUUCUACAGUGCUAGCAGUACCACACCGUGAAGAUGGCAAACCUGUCUACACUGAAACAAUCGUGGCUGCAGUUGAAGAUAGCAAAGGGGAGCAGGUAUAGGCAAAUGUGAUGGAUCUGAAGCAACCAUCCUAAGCAUCCAACCUUUGGAAUGAAAUAGGCACCUUGCAUGAAUUGUACAAUUUCAGAAAAAUUCAGAUUUGCAAUGUAUUACAUAAUAUUUUUGUUGUUGUUGCAUAUUGAACAUUCAGGGGCAUUAUGUCUCGAUUCAUUUCUUGAGGGGGUGGGGGGGUUAUUAGUUAUUUUGUAAGCUUGAAGGGUCAUGGGUAGAAGUAAUCCUAUAGUUGCAGGCCAACCACAGUUAGCAACCCACCUAAAUGUGUGGUACCCCAGAAAUCUGAAAUACAAACAGACGCCCAGUAGAUUAUUCUGAAAUGCUCUAUAAAUGAUACAGUGUGGUUGGGGCAGGUAGUUUUUUUGAUGUUUCAUGAAGUCAAAGUAUUAGACUGCCAGAAGCGUGGUUGGUUUACCAAAGACAUCCAAGUUGCUCCAGUUGGUUUUGCAGUAGCCUCGAGCUAGUGGGAAAUGUUGUGCAGCAGUGCCAUCUUACAGUGGCCGAAUAAGGUUUUAAGAGGUUUACAGCAUGGUGGCAAGUGUUAUAAUGAAAAGCAGGAAGUGAAGUGUAAAGAUGUGAGUAUUAGAAAGGAUUUAGGCAGAUGCAGGUAUUUCAUGGUACAAUAAACCACACAUUAAAUGGAUUCAAUAGAACUCAGUCAGCUGGUCUCUUUAGAGUAUUUUAAAUGUAUUUUGAUGGGAAAGAAACAAACCUUAGAUUGGAUUACAUGAAAAACAAGUAAAAUAGGUUUGAUCCAAGUCUGCAGACUUACACAAGAAAAAUAUAAAAUGUUUGAUAAUUUGUAUAAAUAUUUUCAAGUGAAAUGAAAAACAUUUUUCAUUGUGUGUAGCCAAAUAGUUAUCUGGUUUUAAUAUUAUCAAGCAUAUCUUUUCACUCAGGGCUAUUUCUGGGCAGUUUAUGUCAAAGUAUAAAAGUACUGGUAAAUAGCAGUAGAGUUUAUUUGGUAGUUUUUCCUUUUUUGUUCAACCUGUUAAUAUAGGACCUGCUUACUGUACUAAAGAGUGACAUUUUGCAUGAAUUUAAAACAUUUAAUUAAAAUACUGUAUCUUUCCACCUAAGUGUAAAUUAUGUCAAGUCCUUGGUGAAUGAACAAACUCCUUUGCAACUAAAGUUUAUUUUGAAAAGCAACACAUUUCAUAAUUUGCAGGAACAGCAUGCUUUAAAACACAGUGCUUUAACAUGUUUGUUAAAUAGGUUCAUUUAUACUGGUGUGUGGUUCAUGUCCACUUCAUCAGAUCUUGUUAAUGUGACAUUUUCUGUAAUACUUGUAUUUGUAUUUAAAUCUGCUUAUGACUAAAUAAAAAAUAAAAAUAAACUUUA